AUGAAGUCAACACUUGCUGCGACUACCAUCGUCGCCUUGGCUGCGGCGGGUGCUGCCCUGCCAGCGCCCAGGGCCAACAGUCCCUGGGACAAUAUCAAGAAAAAUAUCAAGCAUGUUGUCUACCUCAUGAUGGAGAACCACUCCUUUGACAACAUCGCCGGAUACUGGACCUUCCAUCCGGGAAUCGAUAACUUGGUCAACCUGGGGAAGCCCUUCUGCAACGAGUACACCAACCCCAACUGGACCGUGUGGGGAGAGCCUAUCUUGAUCUGCGCGGAACCAUACGAGGGAGAGGUGCCUUUGAGGGACCCAGACCACAACUUCGCAGGCACCUCCUACGAGAUCUACCGGACUUGGAACCCGACCAAGGACUCGGUCCCGAAUAUGGGAGGGUUCAUCGAGCGUCAGUCCGAGAAAUACCAGGGGACCCCUGGUCAGGCGUCUUUUGUGAUCAAGGCCUACGACGAGAAGAAGACCGCCACAUUGGUCGAGAUUGCCCAGAACUUUGCCUUUUUUGACUCCUACUAUGCCGAACAUCCUGGUCCGACCAACACUAACCGCCAAUUCGCGACCGCUGGGACGACAUGUGGUUUUGUGGACAACACCAACCAGGCGGCGGGUUGGUUCAACAAUGUGACGGGUGUCAGCUGUGCCACGUCCAUUUUCGAGGCCCUCAGCAAGAAGAACAUCACCUGGAAGAACUACUAUGAGACGGAUAUCAUCGACUCUUUCAUGUACAAGUGGGUUCAGGACAAUGCAAUGGAAAACAUUGUCCACGCCGACCAGUUCUACCGCGACCUGCAGGAGGGCACGUUGCCCCAGUUCGCGUACUACAACCCGGAGUGCUGCAAUAUCACGUCGAUGCACCCGCUGAGCAACUUGGCCACCGGAGAGCUGCUGAUCAAGCAUGUGUACGAUGCGGUUCGCAACUCCCAGUACUGGGACAAUACUUUGAUUAUUCUCAAUUUUGACGAACACGGUGGAUUCGCUGACCACGUGCCUCCGCCGAUGAACAUUCCUGCCCCCGACGACAACAUCACGUUCAGCGGCAUGUCGGACGGUCAUAACGUGACCUACGACUUUACCCGUCUUGGUGUUCGUGUGCCUGCCUUCCUCAUCUCGCCCUGGAUCCCGGCCAACACGCUGAUCCACGACGAGGGCACCAGCUACGCGAACAACUCGGCCUACACGCACUCGUCGAUGCUGCACUUCCUGCAGGAGCUUUGGGACCUGGAGGGCCUCAACAACCGGGUGCAGUGGGCCAAGACGUUCGAGUACGUCUUCAGCGACCAGAAGCGCGAGGACACGCCGACCAACCUGUCCGCGCCGAUCUGGUAUGGCGGCAGUGUCGGGCCGCAGCCGUACCCGUACUACCUCCUCAACCAGCCAUACUCGUACUAUGAGUCGAUUGUUACACACGCACAUACAUACAACCUACCGCAUAAUACAGGAAACAAUUAA